AUGCGAGGGGUGAAGCGCCCGUGCGCGGACGCGCUCGACGCGUCGCGGUGUGAGACGUGCGAGCACUACCACGCGCGCGGGACGACGUGCGAUGAGUGCGGACACGUGCGACGGGCGGACGCGGACGCGGAUGGGGACGGUGACGGGCGACGGGCGCGCGCGCUCGAGGGCGAACGGGCGCGACGGGCGACGACGGUGGUGGAGGUGAUCGAUCGGUUCUUACUCGUCGGUGCGUUCGAACACACGAGCAGCGAGGAGACGCUGUUACGGGCGGGCGUGCGGACGGUGAUCAACGCGGCGCCGACGUGCGAGUCGUGUUGCUCGGGGAGGUGGUUGAGCGUGGUGAAUCUGAACACGUCCGAGGAGGGUGGUGCGGGAGAUUUAGACUUGAGGCACGCGUGUGAACGAUUGCAGAGCUUACACGCGCGGUCGACGAGCGCGCUGGAGAUUGACAAAUCUCAACCGGUGCGCGUGCUGGUGUACUGCAUGAGCGGACGCUCGCGCGCGCCGACGGUGGCGACGGCGUACGUGAUGUUUAAGAUGCGCAUGUCGUUUAAGGAUGCGUUGGCGUACGUGCAGAGUAGAUAUCCCGCGGAUCAUCGUGGGGUGAAGUUGAAGGACGAGGACGCGAGUUUGCUCGAGCGAUUCGAGAGAGAGCUCGCGGAGAAUCCGCCAAACCAAGCACGCGUUAGUCAUACCUAUUAG